GUGUGUGUGAGCACGCUCUGCGCCUGAACUCUGUAAUUCGCAGCAGAUGACCACUUGGGGGGAUGGAGGCGUUGUUGGGGUGGUGAGCGCUCCCUUCAGACAGCAUGAGAGCGCACUGCAUGAAUUAAUUUGCUUUAUGGAAGAUGCUGCUAAGUGAUGGAUCCGCGUGCUUGAUGUGUUUAGCACUUUUCUCUCCACUUUUCAUGGCAACAAGUGGAUUAUGGACGAGUCGAUCUCCAGCGUGAGAGAGGAGAGGGGCGACUGCACCUGAACAACACAAAGCGAAUGCCGCAUCAGUCUCUGGCUGUGCCAGCCGCGCAGUGGGAAUGGAUACGGGCAAUUUCCUGGCUGGGACAUGCUUUCUCCUCCUGUCGCUCAAUGGGUUCAUGUCUUCUUCACCGAGCUUUUGUCCCGACCGCUGUGACUGCCAGCACCCGCAGCACCUCAUGUGCACCAACCGCGGGUUGCGCACUGUGCCCAAACCCAGCACGCGGGUACCAGAGGAAGUGCUGAUCUUCAGCCUUGGGGGUAACUUCAUUGUUAACAUAUCCGCUUUUGACUUCACACGGUACAGUAACCUCGUGAGGUUGAAUUUACAGUACAAUCAAAUACAAACUAUUCACCCAAAAGCAUUUGAGAAACUCUCCAAGUUGGAGGAGCUGUACUUGGGACACAAUCUUUUUUCAAAUAUACCCGCUGGGACUUUACAAUCCCUAAAAAAAUUAACUAUUCUCUGUGGAAAUAAUAAUGACAUUAAGAAUCUCACAUCGGAGCUCUUUGCCAACUUGGAUAAUCUUGUUAAAUUGCGUCUGGAUGGCAACUCAAUAGAAGUUCUGCAGGACUCUGUUUUUAAAAGUUUGACCAGCCUGCAUUAUCUCCAUCUGGAAUCCAACAAACUGCAGCAUAUUCACAAGAACGCUUUCUCUAAACUCACCAACCUGCGCUUUCUAAACCUGGCCCACAACAAGCAGUCGACCGUGCGCAAUGCCCUUAUUUUCUCCCAACUCAAAGCUCUGACAACAUUGCUUCUGUCUGAAAAUGAAAUCCAGUACGUUGGAAACCACGUCUUCCAAAAUCUAAAAAAGCUGUCCAAACUGUCCCUCAGCAACAACAGAAUCUCUCGCCUGGACAGCAGGGCUCUGAAGGGGCUUUCGAGCCUCAGAGAGCUUCUGAUUGACGGCAACGAGCUGGAGGAAAUCCCCGCCGGUCUCCUGGACUCUCUGGAGCGCAUCGAGGAGCUGGACUUCAGUCGCAACCGGAUUUCCACCGUGGACUCUUUGGCUUUUUCGCAACUUAAACAUCUGAGAGUGCUGAAGUUGAAGAACAACAUGCUCACCAGCCUUUCCGGGGACAUUUUUGCCCUCAACAACGUGCUUUACGACCUAGAUCUCCAUGGCAACAACUGGACGUGCGACUGUCGCCUGGAGGAGCUGAGAAGAUGGAUGACUGCUGCGCAUUCUCAGGGCAAACUACUGACUGUUUUUGUGCAAUGUCAUCACCCAGCAACUCUGAGGGGGAAAUAUUUGGACUAUGUGAACAGCUCCCAGCUGCAGCCCCUCGGGAACUGGACCCACUUGUGUAGGAGCCAAGCUGGGCCUGAGGAGAGCCGUGGAGGGAGGGUGUUGGUAAAAGUGGAGGGAAAACAAAAUGGAACAGUGGAUACAAUAAAGCAGAAGGAGAGAGGUGAAGGAGGCCAGGUGCAGGAGACAGAAGGUGUAGAUAUGAGACAUGAGAACGGGGAUGGAGUCAUUAUGAGGAAAGAAGGAGAGAAGAGGAAGAAAGAAGGACAGGAGGGGGUGGGAAUCCAGGGAGACCAAAGUGGUCUAGAGGUGGCAGAAUCCUCUUCUUCACCACAAAGAAAGAAACACUCAAAAAAGAAAGAGUCACUCAACCCAAGAUUACAACCUGCUGCUGAGGCUGCUGGGAAACGGGACAAAAGUAGGCAAAGGUCAGAUGUAAUUUACAGAACCGAUCCACCAGCUAUGUCCACACCAAGCCAUGCAGGAAACCAGGACAGGGACUCCACUGAUGCAAACACAGGGGUCAACACCACGACUCCAGUCCAGUCAGGAGAAAAGUUUGAUCUUCUGAGAUCGUCAGAUCAGGAGGAGGCUCUGCCUCUAGUCACAGAUCCUUGUGUGUUCAACCGCCGUUUCAUCACUAAUGUUUCAGUGGAUCAAGUGACAUCUAGUACUGUCACCAUCUACUGGCUCACCAGGGAUCAUCACCGCUACACACCAGGAUUUGGGCCGGGCCUAGAUGAGGUCCACUACCGGAUUCUUUUCGACCGCUUUGGCACUCCGGAUCGUUUCCCUCGCUAUGUUUACGCUCGUGGCACAGCUCGCUCCAUCACCCUUCGAGAACUCAGCUCAGAUGUGACCUACAUGGUCUGCGUGGAGGGAGUAGUCGGAGGAUCUGUUUGCCAAGUUGCACCCCGGGACCACUGCGCCGGGCUGGUCACUCUCCCCGAGGGCUUCAGCCAUGGAGGCGUGCUGACCUCUGACCUCCAGCUGGUGACGGUGGCCACGCUGGCCGGGAACGCCGUGCUGCUGCUUGUCAUCGGCGGGGUCUGGCUGGGGCGAAGCCUGAAGAGGAGGCUGCAGAGGAGGAAGACGGCCGUGCACGUGCGGCACAUGUACUCGACCAGGCGACCAUUUCGUUCUGCCGUGACGACCGCCUCGGUGUCAGCUGACUUCACAAGCUACCAAAGCAGCCGUCCGGCACGACUGGCACCUCUGGAGGAAGGGGACCUCAUUGAGUUCCCGUGUGACCGCUUUCUGGACAGCAACAGCGUUCGCAGAGACAGUGGCAUGCAGAGAUUCUCGGACUAGAGCCAUGCACAUUUCUUUUUUUAAAUGUUGACACUUUACAACAGAAACACAUAGCUUGUGAUGCAAACUUUGGUUUAGUCCCCUCUCUGCACACACACCACAGUAUCAUAUUAAAAACACGGGUGUGUUUGUGGCCGUGAACAGACAAAGUCAACAAUCCCACCAUUUUGUCUUUUAGUUACUCACUUGACUGCAAGAAAACUUUCAAAGCGACAAUAGAACAGCUGAGCUCAUUAGUGCCUCCUUUCAGACACCAGAGGAAGUCCAAUCCCUCUGACAUCCUCUUCCUGCUUUGGGCCUUUCCUCUUUCAUUUCCUUGCACCUGUGAGGGUUUGUAAAUGUGUGAUUUGUUGAUGUAUUGUGUGUACGCAUGAAAGAUUGCUCACUGAUUUCAACUACGGUGCUAAUGUUGAGUUCGUAGACAUUAUAUUGUCUCAUACAGUAUUUGUACAGUGUGUAAAGAUGGCUGCUGGUUGGCAGAAAACAAAAGGUUGUUUGGUAUCUAUCGCGUUUCAUAAUUUCGAUACGAAUUUGCAUUACAUGAAGAAGUAAAAUCCCCAACAAUGUGAUUCAUUUUUCAUUUGAGUGUUUAUGGAGGAUUUAACUCUACAAUAGAUGUUCCUCUCUUUGUGGCUUUCAAAUAUCUUUAACGUAAGCCACUGAUUAUGUAAAGUGAAAGGGGAUUGUAUUUCUAGAAAUGGGGGAAUAUAUGAAGAGUAUUCCUGAUAUACAUUUAUAUAUAUA